AUGGAUUCACUUCAGACCCGACAGAUGCUGAGCGUGUCCGCCGAGCUCGGCGGCAACAACUUAGAACUGGCGGAGCCGGCGGCUUCCGCGGCCCGCGCCGACAUGGGCCCCCAGCCGGGGGCGGCUACGGAAGGCUCCGCACCUUUGGCCGCUCGGGAGCCGGAGCCGGAGGAGCCUCCUCCGAGUCCCUCGAACCCCGAGUACAAAGUUCUGCUCGAGCAGGCUGACGCCCUGGCGUCCGGGGGCCGCCUCCGGGAAGCCUUCGAGGUGUACCGACAGCUCUCCGAGCGGCAGCAGCUGGUGGCCGAGCAGCUGGAACAACUGGUGCGCUGCCUGGCCCAGAAUGUCCCGCAGGGCGAGGCGCUGCCGCCGGCGCCCCCGGACGGGAGCGGGGCGGCAAGCUGUGAGGCGGCGGCGGGAGAGGCAGGGGCGCCAGCGGCCGCCGCCGCCACCGAGGUGUGGGACGGCUUCAAGUGCAGGAAGUGCCAUGGGUUUCUGUCAGACCCCGUGUCCUUGGAACUUCUCACCCUGCCCACACUGGCGCCGGGGCCGGCCCGCGACGUUCGGUCGGCGCGGGCGUCUGCGGCUCGCGCCUGGACCCGGGGCCGCCGCGAUGGCGGGAAUCGGCCCUUCCGGGGCCGCGGCUCCCGGUGGGCUCCAAAUGACCACUUGCUUUAUAGCAACCGGUCUCAAAUUUAUUUCACCUUGGAGUCUCAUGAGGAUGCGCUGCACGAUGCAGAAAUAGCAUGUAAGCUCCGCCCACUGGGUUUCAAGGCACACUUCAGAAAAGCACAAGCCUUAGCCACCUUAGGCAAGGUGGAGGAAGCACUAAGGGAGUUUCUGUAUUGUGUGUCCCUGGAUGGAAAGAACAAAAGAGCAAGAUCUGAAGCCCAGAGGGACAACCCGGAGCUCCCACGCUGUUCUAGUCAGGAGGAAGCAGCGGCGGGGGGAGACCGCGGCAGCCUGGCAAACCCAGUUAAAGUAGAGGGGGAGGGGAAGCAAGGCGACCAGAAAGGCCAGGCAGGAGACAAGGCGGAGAAAGGGGACGCGGCCUCUGCAGAAGCUGCCUCCACCAAGGCUGGCAAAUGCCACGAAAAGAAAAGGAAGCAUUGUCAAAUUGAAACCCAAGACCCAGAGGUGCCUGCGAAAGCCUCGAAGCCAGAUACUCUGGCUGAGCAGCGGGCCGAGGCUGCUGUCAGUGCUCCACUGCCAUCUUCUGUGGAUGCGUCUGACCUUGAAUGCGCCCUGUGCAUGAGAUUAUUCUAUGAGCCAGUCACAACACCUUGUGGACAUACAUUUUGUUUAAAAUGCCUUGAAAGAUGCCUAGAUCACAAUGCAAAGUGUCCACUGUGCAAAGAUGGUCUUGCACAGUGCUUGGCAUCCAGAAAAUACAGCAAAAAUGUCAUAAUGGAAGAGCUAAUAGCUAAAUUCCUUCCAGAAGAACUCAAGGAACGAAGGCGGCUUUAUGAAGAAGAAAUGGAAGAACUUUCUAACUUAAAUAAGAACGUGCCUAUUUUCGUGUGUACUAUGGCCUAUCCCACCGUUCCUUGUCCCCUGCACAUCUUCGAGCCUUGUUACCGCCUGAUGAUUCGUAGAUGCAUCGAGACAGGCACAAGGCAGUUUGGCAUGUGCCUUGGAGAUCCCGUCAAAGGGUUCGCGGAAUACGGCUGCAUCCUGGAGAUCAGAAAUGUGCAGUUCUUUGCUGAUGGCCGCUCGGUGGUGGACAGCAUAGGCAGGAGGCGCUUCAGGGUCCUCCAUCAGGGCCACCGAGAUGGCUACAAUACAGCUGACAUUGAAUACAUUGAAGACCAAAAGGUUCAAGGAGACGAUUAUGCUGAGCUCAUGGGAUUGCAUAAUUGUGUCUAUGAGCAAGCGUCAUCGUGGUUUCAUUCGCUCAAAUCAUCUCUGAAGAAUCGGAUAAUCAGUCACUUUGGUCCCAUGCCAGAGAAAGAUGCUGAUCCCCAGGUUAACCCAAAUGGCCCAGCCUGGUGCUGGUGGACGUUAGCGGUCCUCCCACUGGAAAGCCGAGCUCAGCUCCCAUUCCUAGCUAUGAGGUCCUUAAAGGAUAGACUGAACGGCAUUCGGCGAGUCCUGGCCUUUAUAUCCCGAAACCAAAACUAGUGAGAGUGGAU